AUGGAGCUCGGCAGACGGCACUUGCUUAAUCUCCUGAGCCUUAUGCGCCAAUGGAUCAAGGGUCUUGAUCAACUUCGACCAUCUUUCCAUGAUCCCAGGGGCCAGGACACCGGUGACCGGUGCCGAAGUCGCGCAAGGCUAGUAAGCAGCCGGGUAAAGUGGGAGGGUGUCGUGGACUUGUGGGUGCUUUCCAGUGUCCAGAUUCAUGGCACUGGUGUGAUCCAAUUGCUCGAGAUGAGGUCUCCAAAGGGUCACUGCCACCUACCUCAGGUAAGGUAUCUCAAGCAGUACAGAGUACCUAAUCCUGCAAAAUGGAAAGACUCCAACAGUUCACUCUUUCCUCGACUUGGAGACUUGAUUGAGGUGGAGUAUUCCUUCCCUCACCCUGAUAGUGGACAUGGAGCAGGAACCUAUCUUAGCUACGUACCUAACCUUGCCUUGGAGUUCUCGAGUCUGGAUUACGUACGCCACUAA